GUUUAAUCCCAUUGUUUGAGAGAGAUCUCCGCACCAACCACCGUGAGCAUCAAACACUGAGGUGGCCAGCUCGCUGCUUUCACAUGGAAAUCAGGCUGAGCAGUUCACACACAAGAGCCUCUGAGAUGCAAAAGGCGUCCGCCAGACCAGCACUCCAGACGGCACGCAGCGCAGGGGACGAGUUCUGAGACAAGUUUCACCGCGGAAACCGAAGCAGACCCGCAAUCUCCUCUCGCUGUUACUUUCUGACCAGGAGCUAAGCUUUUAAAAAAAUAUAUUUCGCUGUAUUAAGCGCGUCCGGAGUCGGGCGCAACAGCAGCGCGCUCGGACCCAGUUUGCUCAGCGGCGGGCGGGGGUAUUUCAAAUUAAAGAACAUGAGAAGCUAGUUUCAGGAGCCGCAUUGAAAAGACCUCAAAAACGUUUAAUUUCCGUUACUUUUUUCUGGUUCUUUUUUUUUGUGGUUUUGCUUAAAUCUACCCACAGACAACUACUUUUACCGAAGAAAGUAACAGGUUUUAUUUAUUUUUUUAUUCUCAAUUAGUGGUUGUUGUUAGGGUUUUUUUUUUUUGGUGUGUGUGUGUGUUCCGUUCAAAAUGUUCAGCGCCGUCGUCCGAGUGAGCCUGUGCGCGCUGCUGCUCUCGCCGGGGCUGUGCGGCGCCUGUCCUUUCCCGUGCGAGUGCUCGGAGGCGGCCAGGACGGUGAAAUGCGUCUUGAAAGACCUGAAAGACAUUCCCGCGGGCAUCCCGGGGUACACGAGGAACCUCUUCAUCACGGGGAACCAGAUCAGACGAAUCGGGCCGAAGUCGUUUCAGGGGCUGGAAAACGUCACCACGCUGUCUUUGAGUAACAACAGGAUCAACACGGUGGAGUCGCGGGCGUUUGCCGGCCUCCGCAGCCUGCGGUCCCUGGACCUCAGCACCAACCAGCUCUCCGGCAUCCACCCCGAAGCCUUCCUCCUGGAGAACAGCUCCCUGCAGGAGCUGGAUCUCAGCCAGGCUCUCUACAACCACUCGGCCGUCACCCCGCUGGCCUCCUCCCUGCGGCUGGGGGGGGGCCGGGGCCUGGGGCGGCUACUCCGGCUGGACCUGUCCGACAACGGGCUGAUCUUCCUGCCGCCGGGCAUGUUCGCCAACCUGUCGGGCCUGCAGCAGCUGGACCUGAGCAACAACUCCCUGGUGGCCAUCAUGGACUCCACGUUCCUGGGCCUGGACCUGCGCAAGCUGGACCUCAGCCUGAACGCCUUCAAGACCUUCAAGGAGGACAGCCUGCGGGAGCUGGGGGGACAGAGGCAGGCCCAGAUCCUGCUCAGGGACAACCCCUUCGUGUGCAACUGCGACGUCGAGGACUUCGCCCGCUGGCUCAACUCCACCAGCGGGGUGCCGGACGCGGACAGGCUGGUGUGCGUGGACCCCAGGGAGCUCCACAACGUGUCCCUCCUGAGCCUGGGGGAGCUGGCAUUGGAGUGCCACGCCAGCAAGGGCGCCGACCUGGCCCUGCAGACCUCCUACGUCUUCCUCGGCAUCGUGCUGGGCAUCGUGGGGGUCAUCUUCCUCUUCGUCCUCUACCUCAACCGGAAAGGGAUCAAAAAGUGGAUCUACGAAACUAGGGACGCCUGCCGGGAACUCAUGGAGGGGUACCAUUAUCGGUACGAGAUCGAGUCUGACCCCCGACUGGCACAGAUCUCCACCACCUCUUCAGACUUGUGAUACCGAGCACCCUGGGGCCCACGCCCUCUCUUCCUCUCCUUCUGCAUAAGGAUUUUUCAAAUGGAUUUACAGGGAUUUAUUAGACUGGUAAAUACACGUACGCUAUCUGUAUAUAAAUGUAUAAAUUUCGAAAAUGCACAACUUUUUUCUGGGGGAAGCAUGUUCCAAAUUGCAUUUUCCUUUUCAACUUUU